AGAGUUAUUCUGAAAAAUCAAUAAAAAAUCAGAGAAUUCGCUUUUCAACUUCAAUCCAAAAAAAUCAUUAACCAAUACACAAAUACUAUUCUUCUAUAUCCAUAAACUCUAUUAUUAUUAUCAUUUAAUUCCUUUACGUUCUCGUUAUUUAAAUGAUUUUUCGUUAAUUUUUCAUAUUAUCACUGCGUUGAUUUUCUUCAUUUCCUUAAUUUCCAUCUAUUAACCGACGAUGAUGUUAUCCGCAUUGACACCCCAAAGUGACGUCGAUACAGUACCAUCAGCGGUUAAACUCACCCUCCCGGACAAUCUGCCGCCCCACGAAAUAUGAACAAUUUAAAAACCAUCUCCAGCCCGAUCGCCCUUAAGUCCUGAAAUUGAAAAUCCCCAUCCCCACUGCAAUCCCUGCCAAUCACCAAAUAUUCAUGACAAAGUACCUCUCUCAUUACAAAGCCCUUACACUUAAAACAUUGACACACCUCCGAGUAGGAAGCACAUCGGGGCAUUGGUAGCUAAUCCGCAUUGAGAUGAAAGUACGCGGUGAAGCCAUACGAAGAUCCCCAGUUCGUACUCAAUAGCCGGUAGUAAAACUCUUUCCCGACUAACCCAGCAGUGCUGCACAUUCAGUCAUUAGAAGACCCAAAGUCGAGUGAAUUUUGGCAGCGAUCCACAGAAUUGGGAUUCAAAUGCUCCAGUUCAUCGUAACGAUCAAAAUCCCUCCAGAGUUAAAAAAAUAACAGUUGAUUUGCUUCUUUUGGUGCUUAAUUAAGUUGAAAAAAAUCUCGAAUUAAUGGCGAUAUAUCACGAUAAUCGUUGUGUCAUAUUGAUAUGGAUAAAUCCCCAGGAUUUGCUUAGACGUCUCUUCCGGGCGCUCAACAAUUUCAAGACGGCCCUGCACUUAAGCCUUUACUGAGGGUGCAUGCCCUACCACUGAGUGCAUCUAGCCAGUAUUCCAACGCUUUACAAGACGCUAACAACUCUAGUAUCUAGGCCUGGGACACUUACAAAUACAUAAGUGGAUAUUGUUACAUUAUAACUACUUCAAUAUAAAACAUUUCCCGGUCUGACUGUAACGUCCGUAACUCCUUAUGUCCGUGGAAUAUCUACUGGUGCAUCAAUAAUUCUUCUCCAUACGAGCGGAUUAUUUCAAAUAGAUUUGGAGGAGCGCUGAGAGCCGCAGAAGGUGCCGCGAGAGGCGAUAUUAAUAUAUUAAUUGAAUGCAAAAAUAUUUCAUUAUAACAAUUCGGUAGAAAAUUUCUUUCUCCGCUUACAACGAACACGCGUUAAUCUUUACAUCCGUCGAACAAUUACUUGAGGGAAUUAUUUCAGGUAGAUGAUGAAAGAAGUUAAAUAUAUCGCACCAGAGGUGACAGUAAAUUGUGAAUUCGAUUCCAAUUUUAUUAGAAAUUUGAUCAUUCACCAUUAACUCGAUAUCUAAGUCUGCAAUAUUUAUAAAUACACAAGUGGAUAUUGUUCUAUUAUAACUACUCAAAUAUACAUCUCAGUUUGGAUGGAACACUCGUCACUCCGUACAUCCGUCGAGCAUCUGUUGCAGGUGCAUGAAAAACCUUCGCCAUCACCAGCUGACUAUUUCAGAUAGAGCAGGGGAGCAACGAGCAUCACGAAGAAAGUUAAAUGUGUUACACAAAAGGUCAAUACUCUUCAGUUGUUACGGUACUACAUAAUAAUGCUGUAGCGGUUCUCUUCGGCUAUGGUGAUUGACGUUUUGUAAAAUUUAUGUACGGAAAUUGCUCAGAGCAGGGAGAAUGACGUUUGAAGUUUUUUGUAAUCGAGUUUCCGUUAGGUUCUUUCCAGCUAAAGCCAUGGUUGCCUCCUCAGUAUGUUGUAGGCUGACAAGUUCGGUACGAGUGACCAGUAGAUAACGUAAACACGCGAAAAAUAAUAUGGGGCCCUUGAUGAAGGCAUAUCGUUACUUGAUGGAGGGAAUAGCGGAUCCCAGGGUGGCUGAUUGGCCGCUGAUGACUAAUCCUAUUCCCGUCACAUGUGUGCUCAUCGCUUAUUUAAUGUUCGUACUUUAUAUUGGUCCAAGGAUCAUGAAAAAUCGACCUCCAUACUCCCUUAACAAACUGAUGAUAUUCUACAAUGUAUUCGUUGCUAUCACAAGUGGCCUAGUAUUUUAUGGCAUACUAACUUCAGGAUUUACUACGAAACUGUCCUGGGGUUGUGAGCCUGUCGAUUAUUCUUUAGAUCCUGAGCCGAUGAGAAUGGCGAAGUGGGUAUGGUGGGUGUUGAUUCUCAAAAUGUUUGAGCUCGGUGAUACCGUAAUCUUCGUACUGCGUAAAAAAUACAGCCAGUGUUCUUUUCUGCACAUCUAUCAUCACGUAACGACCGUCUGCCUCGCUUGGAUCGCUUGUAAAUACGCUCCCGGUGGCAUGUGGACAUUUAUUAUGAUGCCAAACUGCAUCGUUCAUGUUAUUAUGUAUACGUACUAUCUUCUAGCUAGUUUUGGCCCAGCUAUGCAGAAGAUUCUUGCACCAUGGAAGCCAUACUUAACCAUGUUGCAAAUGCUCCAAUUUGUGAUUAUGGUCAUACACACGACUCAAGCGCUUUUACCGUCCUGCGAGCCCACCCGUAAGCCACUGGCUUAUAUUUACAUGUCUCAAGUGAUCGUUAUAUUUUAUCUGUUCUGGGAUUUUUACAGAACAACGUAUUUGAAGAGAAAAACCGCCUAGUGUGAAUUAUGAUUUUCCUUGUCAUCGAAUAUGUAAUUUGUGUGCCUUAUUUUGUACUUUUUCUUAAAAAAAGUAAAAGCUUUUUGAUGAUUUUAUUGUG